GCUUAUGUUUCACAUCUCCCUCAUGACAUGACAGACGCGGAGUGGCCGGAGAAGGCGGAGCUGGAGCGAUGGCUGAUGAACACCGUGAAGGACCCGGACCCUGGAGCGGUGUUCCUCCGGCAGGUGCUUCAGCCAGAGCCUCGUGGGGCGGUGGGUGGGAGCCCUGGUUUCUCCCGCGAUCCGCGGGACCAUGGCCGCUGUGGCAAAGACUUGGGCGGCCCGGCGAGUUCCAGAAAGCUCUCUGGCAAAGAUCCCACGCAGUUUCAUGCCGUUCGGGUUUCGGGACAGACUCGGAGGAUGAAUCCCGCCUACGGCUCCUACCUGCAGACGGACAAGGAUGUGAGGGAUGUGAUGCGAUGCUGGGCUCUGUCUCAAUGCAAGCGCCUGGCCACCGCAGCCAAGAGCUCCAAGCUGUUGCGGGCCUCCAAACGGGGCGAUGUGAACACCCCGCAAGACCUCACCAGGCACCCGCGGAGAUGGCGGGAUUGGGCCUGGAACGACACCGCGCUGCUUUUGUCCGAGGAGGACACCAGAGAGCAGGUGAAGGCCAUGGGCGCCUGCCUACUGAGCGAGGCCAACGACCUCAAGCGGCCCUUGCCCAUCGUGGCCAAGGAGUUGAACGUCAGCCUCGAUCUGCUGGAAUGCUUCCUGACGGGCAACCUGGAGGUCAGCGAUGCCCUGGACAUCAUGCGGAAGAUGAGCGAGGUCUACGCUGUGCCUCUGAACGACCUCUGGCUGGACGCCGAUGACACCACCUCGGGGCUGCGGCUCUUCACCACGGAGGCCGCGGAGUCCUCUAGCCGCAUCCUGGACCGCAAGGACCGCACUGGGCAGCGAACUCCGUACUACGAGUACCGGGACGCCGCGAUGAGCCGCUGCAGCCAGUUCCGGCCGGAGUGGAUCAAGGCCCCGCCUGAGGUCAAUUCAGGGGACCCCUGCGACCCGGAUGUGCAGAUGAACAACGGGCAUUUGAUGAUGCAGACCACGUUGUUCAUCGGCCCUGUGGACUUUUACUACACCGACCGGCAUGGCAAAGUCCAUCGCCGGGAGAUGAACACGGGGGACAGCAACUACAUCUCGCCCUUUGUGCCGCACUCCUUCACCGCCCGCGCGGAUGCGCCCGAGGCGAUCAUCAUCGCGGCCGCUUUGUUCGCAAGCCACUCCCUGCUCGCCCUGGCGCUGGCCGCUGUAGGCCUGCGCCUCUGCUUCGUGGGCGGAGGCUCCGCCGGCUCCGCCCGGGGCCCCGCGGUGGCCAUGGAGGCCCGGAAGUUCAUCGUGGGUGGCAACUGGAAGGCCAACGGCAGCCCCGAGAGCGUGAAGACUCUGGUCAAGGAGCUGAAUGACGGAGAGCUGACCACCAAGGAUGUGGAGGUGGUGUGCGCCCCGCCCUUCCUGUACCUCGCCGAGGUGAAGGACUCCCUGCGCAAGGAGUACAAGGUCGCGGCGCAGAACCUCUGGGACAAGGACCCCGGUGCCUGGACAGGCGAGAUCCCCGCGCAGCUGCUGGCGGACAUGGGCAUCGAGUGGGUGGUCCUGGGGCACAGCGAGCGCCGGGAGAACUGCGGGGAGACCAGCCAGAUCGUGGCUGAGAAGACCAAGUUUGCGGUGGACAAGGGCUUCAGCACCCUUACCUGCAUCGGCGAGAAGCUGGACGCCCGCGAGGGGGGCAAGACCUUCGAGGUCCUGGACGAGCAGCUGAAGCCGUUGGCGGAGGUGCUCUCCGAGGCGGACUGGGAGUCCGUGGUGCUGGCCUACGAGCCGGUGUGGGCCAUCGGCACCGGCAAGGUGGCCACCCCCGAGCAGGCGGAGGAGACGCACGCCUACAUCAGGAAGUGGCUGGCCGAGAACGUCUCUGAGAAGGUCAGCGAGUCCGUGCGCAUCCAGUACGGGGGCUCCGUGAAUGACAAGAACGCUGCCGAGCUGGGACAGCAGCCCAACAUCGACGGCUUCCUGGUGGGAGGCGCUUCCUUGAAGGGGAGCUCCUUCACCACCAUUAUCAAUUCUGCCGGCCUGGAUGACAAGAUUGGAACAGUCACCUACGGGGGCCAGGUGCGCCGGGCCUUCACGGAGCUGGCGCGGCUGGGGGCCUUCCGGGUGGCGCAGCUGGCCGGGGACUGCCGUAAUCCCGUGGAGGCUCGGAAGUGCCUUUUGCAGCGGCGCCUGGCGGCGGAAUGCCUCACAGAGGAGGGCCUCACGGAAGAGCUGAAGGCGUCGGUGGCGGCAGGCCGCGUGCGCGAACUCCUGGAGGGCGAGGAGGCCAGCCGAGAAGAGCUGGAAGCGCUGGCGGCGGUGCUGCAGGUGCGGCUCUCCGAUUUGCUGGUGACCCCCCUGGAGGAUGCCGAGGAGGUGGUGGUCACCUCUGCGCCCGAGAGCCGCCAGAAGGCCCGGGUCACCGGCAGCUACGUGCUGGCGCCUCUGGCGCGGACACGGCACCAGCCGGAUUUGAAGACCUUUGACUUGGAGGUGCUCGCAACGGCCACGCCCGGGGAAGGCCUCUCCUGCGGGCUCCACACCUUUGUCUAUCACUUUGGGUCCGAGCCCGUAGAGCUGACGUGGGCCGCGCGCGAAGAGCGGAAAGUUCUGCUGCGGCCGGGGGACUCCGCCUACGUGGCGCCCAUGGUCGAGCACCGCUUCUCUGUGGUGGAGCGGCCCGCGCCCGCGCCGCAGGCCAACCCCAACGGUGCGGCGCGGGGCGAAGGCCGUCGGCUCUUCCUGGUGCGGAUCCCAGGGCAGCUGUCUGGGGAGACCUUGGCGGAGUUCGCCACCUUCUCGGCCUUCGGGCGCGAGCGCGUGGGCGCGGAGACGGUGCGCUGGUACAACUGA